CGUACCGAAAUCGGAUCUCACGCCCGAUUCGUAACUUUCGGUAGCCGACGGAAGAGAGAUCGCGCAGUGAUCGCAACGAGGGCGAGGGGAUGGGAGAUGGUUCAGGGGGGAAGGGGAAGCGAGCGAAGGAGGAGGAGGAGGUGAUGGAAGGGAUAGCAUCCAUCGCGCUGCUUCCUUGCGGAUCGAUCUCCGGCCAUUUCAUCCGGCUCCCGGAGUCCAUCUGCUACGGACUUCAUGGCACCGAAUUAUCUUGUGAGAGGGAAUGCAGCAGAGGAGAAGAUUACCGCUUGAUUAAGCUCUCAAUCAUUGAUUAUGCUAGCAAAAGAGAGCGAGUGGUGGUUGUGGAGUGUAGAGGACAUGAUGCUGCUCGGCUCCAAAAUAUUGAUCAUGUUCAUGGGUGGGAAAAUGAUGUUGUUGACAUGGUGGAACAGAAGCAUGGAAAACAGAAGAUUUCAGUCUCUUUCAACUGCGAGACACUGAAGGCAGAAAAUGCCGCUGAAGAACACAUCAGGAAGUACAUGCCCAAUUUAGCUGGUUUUGAUGCUAUUGUAAAUGUUGGUCCGAUGAUUAUUUCUGGUCUUGAGUUUGAAGGGGAUGAUGAUGAAUCUGAUGGAAAGGAUUAAGAAUGGAGACCUCGAUGAUGUGCAAUAUGAAGGAAUUUUGCGUACCCAUUAAGCCUGCUGUAUAAAUUAGCUGUGUUACUUUUUUCCUUUGAAAGUGAUUUCACUCAGGUGAAUCCGCUGCCAUGUUUUCAAUAGCAUCAAAAAGACUAAUUUGAAAAAGGUAGAUGCAGCAGCAUGUUUUAACACAGUUGAUGCUGCCAAAUACUAAAUCAAGCAUUUUGCUUUAUUCACUGAA